GCCGACCUCGCGUGCAUGCUCCUGUCCAACAUGAGCAAGCUCGACGCCGUCGCGCGCCAGAUCCUCGCCCUCCGCGUCCCGUUCACCAUCACGGCGACCGAGGAGAUUGCGGCGCUCGACUUGCUCCUCGAGGUGUUCCUCAAGGGCGAGGGCAAGAAGUACAACCCGAACGCCAACUACGACUUUCUCGCGUCCGUCUUUGCCAACGUCUCGCUCCUGCCUCAAGGCCGUGCCUUCCUCCUCGCGACGCCUGACCGCACGAUCGAGCCGCCACUGGCCAAGCUCAUCUCGUUCACCGAGCACCCGUCCACGAUCCGGCGGGGCGGCGUCGCGUCCACUAUCAAGAACGCGGCGUUCGAGAAGGCCGGGCACACGCGCCUCGUAGCCUCGUCCAACGACGGGCCGGCCGAGGAGGGCUGCAUCGACCUCCUCGUGCAGCUCCUCCUCCCCUUGUGCGGCAACGAGGAGUUCGACAUCGACGUCCUCGACGAGCUCCCCGCCGAGCUGCAGCUCCUGCCGACCACGAAGGAGCGCGAGCCCGACGCCCAGAUCCGCACCAUCCUCGUCGAGACGCUCGUCCUGCUCGCGACGGGCAGGCACAACCGCGAGUCGAUGCGCAAGCGCGGCGUGUACCCGGUCAUCAAGGAGGCGCACGCCAAGGAGGCGGUCCCGUCGGUCAAGGAGCCAAUGGUCCGGCUCGUCAACCUCCUCAUGCGCGACGAG